GCAAGUAUGUUCGUCAGUCUGAUUAAACGUUGGUUUUGGUCGUUUUUUGUGAUGUAAAUGUAAAUACAGAUGAUUUGUUAAAAUUUUGCAGCGUUGAGCGUCUUGCGUUUCAAAAACUAAUGUGGGGCCCCACCCCCACAAAAAGCAAGGAUUCAAAUUGGUUUGCAUCAAUAAUGGUGUAUUUGUGGACUUCAACCUAAAUGCAUUAUGGGCACUUUCAGCAGGCUCAGUCCAGGCCUGGAGACACAGAGGGGGGAGAAGAAUAAUUGAUGGAAAAAGAUCAAAAAGACUAAGAAUCCAAGAAGGGUUGGACCGAGGGAAACUGGAGGACGGCUUGGUUGUAGAUACCUGAAAAUGUUCCACCUCUCAUCCAAAAGGCUUCUUCAGUUCCGACAGACUGAUGCUGACGCUGGUAUUUAACCUGGCCAUUAUCAAGACCAUGGACGUCACUUGGUUCAUUAGUGCUCCUGGCUUGUUGUUGGCAGAUGUCAGAGUCUUUGGAGUCACCUGUGUGUGAUUGGCUGUUAAAUCUCCUGGGUAGGGAUGAAUGGACAGUGUUGCAGGUGGGGGAUAAGUGGUGCUGGCCUCCUCCUCUGUUGAGGGUGGCCUCCUUCAGUCUUUCAAACCGCCUCUCCUCCCUAUCAAAAACAUGUACUUCGUUGUCCUCAAAGGAGUGUCCAUCAUCCCUCAAGUGUAGGUAAACUACUGAAUCUUGACCUGAGGACUCGGCCUUCACGUCUUGUUCAAUGGUUGUUUCGUUGAUAUAUAGGGCAGUGUAUUCCUCAUUGCAUUGUCCUACAUCCUGUGUGUACGGUCUUUUUGGAUGGACCGGUUUCUUUUUUACUGUGUUGCUGGGUUUGAAAAAAGCAGUGAUGAGGUGCUUGUUGAAGAUCCUCCGAGUUUCUCAGAUACCCCAGACACAUUGAAUCAUGAUGAUUCUUCUUUUCCUCACCACUCACAGUGGUGGUGUUCUCCCUGGAUUUUGCAGCCAUUUUCACAAAGGUACAGUUAUGGUGUCCACAAGCUUUAAGAACCUCCUUUAGGUGAUUGUGCUCCUUCUUUUGGACCAGAGCAUGUUAACAGCUUGGUGUUGCAGGUUGCUGAUAACUCCCAGCUUAUGUUUAAAUGGUUAAUGAGAGUCAAAGAGUAAAUACUGGUCUGUGUAUGGAGGCUCCUGUCUCCUUCAGUGUGAAUGCUGUUGUUCCUGAUGUUCUCUCAUCUGAACCUUGAUGUUGCUGUCCACUGAGUUGAUGUGAAGGCUUUCACCAGUGGCUCUGUGCAAGUCUUCAAAAUGCUUGUUUUGACCAACCAAGUCCAAAACCCAGAGAUGUUUCAUUGGCUCUCAUAAGUGACAAAGAAAAGCAUCUAAUCCUCACUUUGGAGAAACAAUUUAACCCAUUUAUUUAUACCUGGUGUCCGAGACAGUGGAUAUAAAUAUUAAUGUUUAUCCAUUGUUCAGUUAAACAUGUGUUUCUCUGGUGUGUUGGUGAACAGUGAACUUGUGAACUGAUAUUUAACAACUGAAUGAAAAACAAAGUAAAUGACUGUGUGAACAGAUUCUGAUUAAAUCUUCAGUGGUGCUGUAGGUUAUUGUCACAGGCAGAAACUAAGGCAAGGUGGGCACCUAGUGGACAAACAUAGACACGACUAGAAGAGGUACAACAACACUACAAUUUAAAAUGUAACUUAUUAUUUUUGCAAAAGUUGAUUAUGUUUCAUAAAAACUUGAAAACAAAACCCCUGGAAGUGAUGACCACUGACUGACUGAUAAACACCAACUCUAACAGAUGUUUAUUUACACUGGCUGAUCACUGUCUCUUUCUUCACUGUGGGCCUCAUCUUCUUCCUUUCUCUGCUCUCUACUGCUGAGGUCAAAUCCUUCACACCUGACUUAGAGCUGCAAGAAGAUUACUGAUAUCUAACUAUUAUAUAUUCUAAUGAAGUCUAUACUUCCCUGAAUAGAAACGUGAUAAACUCCACUUUAAAUGUAAGAUUCACUUUUUUCUUAGUUACAUCUGUUGUACCACUGUAUUUAGAGAAUUCUGUCACUUCUCAGCUAAAACCAUAUUUAUAUCCAAAUACAACUGAACCUUAUUCUGUCUCUGAUUUGAUAAAAAGAAAGAGGUUGGCACUUGAAUUCAAAUGGAUUAGUUACCUAUACACUGAUUUGUACUUUGUACUGUUUUUAUCUGUGUAUGGUGAGUAAGUAUGGAGAGUUGAGUUUUUACAUUGUAAAGCGAAUCAAACCGCUCCUCUUCCUGGAAUAAGUCAAAGACUGAUAACCCUCCCUCUUCUUCCUGCUCUCAAACACAGUGAGCUCCACUCUGUCCACAUGUUUCCUUGUUCCCUCCCCUUCAGAUCUACAGUUUGAAGAUGGGUGGAACCAACAUGUGGUGAAGUGCAAGAGCUGAUAGGAACCAUUCACUGCAGAAACACAUGAUGUUUAGAUCAGAGCUCAAACUAGUUCCAGUUCUCAGAAAGUGAAACUCAGACAGUCAUUGUCACUGAGAGGAGAAAUGGCACAGAAAGGAGUUCAGCUGGACCAGGAAACCUUCUCCUGUUCGAUCUGUCUGGAUCUACUGAAGGAUCCAGUGACUAUUCCCUGUGGACACAGCUACUGUAUGAACUGUAUUAAAAGCUUCUGGGAUGAAGAGGAUGAGAAGGAAAUCCACAGCUGCCCUCAGUGUAGACAGACCUUCACACCGAGGCCUGUCCUGAUGAAAAACACCAUGUUAGCAGUUUUAGUGGAGGAGCUGAAGAAGACUGGACUCCAAGCUGCUCCUGCUGAUCACUGCUAUGCUGGACCUGAAGAUGUGGCCUGUGAUGUCUGCACUGGAAGGAAACUGAAAGCUGUCAAGUCCUGUUUGGUUUGUCUGGCCUCUUACUGUGAGAAACACCUGCAGCCUCAUUAUGAUGUGGCUCCAUUAAAGAAACACAAGCUGGUGGACCCCUCCAAGAAGCUCCAGGAGAACAUCUGCUCUCAUCACGAUGAGGUGAUGAAGAUGUUCUGUCGUACUGAUCAGCAGUGUAUCUGUUAUCUCUGCUCUGUGGAUGAACAUAAAGGCCACGACACAGUCUCAGCUGCAGCAGAAAGGACUGAGAGGCAGAGAGAGCUGGAGCUGAGUCGACUAAAAAUCCAGCAGAGAAUCCAGGACAGAGAGAAAGAUGUGAAGGAGCUUCAACAGGAGGUGGAGGCUAUCAAUCGCUCUGCUGAUAAAACAGUGGAGAACAGUGAGAAGAUGUUCACUGAGCUGAUCCGUCUGAUGGAGAAAAGAAGGUCUGAUGUGAAGCAGCAGAUCAGAUCCCAGCAGGAAACUGAAGUGAGUCGAGUCAAAGAGCUUCAGGAGAAGCUGCAGCAGGAGAUCACUGAGCUGAAGAGGAAAGAUGCUGAGCUGAAGCAGCUCUCACACACAGAGGAUCACAACCAGUUUCUACACAACUACCCCUCACUGUCACAACUCAGUGAAUCUACAGACUCAUCCAGCAUCAAGAUCCGUCCUCUGAGGUACUUUGAGGAUGUGACAGCAGCUGUGUCAGAGCUCAGAGAUAAACUACAGGACAUUCUGACAGAGAAAUGGACAAACAUCUCACUGGCAGUGACUGAAGUGAAUGUUUUACUGCCACAACCAGAGCCCAAGACCAGAGCUGAGUUCUUAAGAUAUUCACAGGAAAUUACACUGGAUCCAAACACAGUAAACACAUGGCUGUUAUUAUCUGAGGGAAACAGAAGAGCAAUAUCACUGUGCAGUAAACAGUCUUAUUCUAGUCACCCAGACAGAUUUACUGAUAGAUGGCAGGUCCUGAGCAAAGAGAGUCUGACUGGACGUUGUUAUUGGGAGGUGGAGUGGAGAGGAGGUCGACUUGAUGUGGCAGUCUCAUACAAGAAUAUCAGGAGAACAGGGCGAUCGAGAGAAUCUGGAUUUGGAUACAAUAUCAAAUCUUGGUCAUUAAAUUGUUCCCAAAACAGUUAUGAAUUUUGGUUCAACAAUAUCCAAACUCCAGUCUCAGGUUCUCAGUCCUCUAGAGUAGGAGUGUACCUGGAUCACAGUGCUGGUAUUCUGUCCUUCUACAGCGUCUCUGAAACCAUGACUCUCCUCCACAGAGUCCAGACCACAUUCACUCAGCCUCUCUAUGCUGGAUUUCAGCUUUAUUCUUGUUACGAUGUAACCGCUUUCGGUUUUUCUGGAACCACUGUUGAGCUCUGUAAGCUCAAGUAAACAUAGAAGAUUAGUUAAGUAAAACUACUACUACUACUACACUCACGUCUGAGUGUAGUAGUAAUAUGAUGUUCUAAUAGCAAACAUAUUUGAAAACAUAAUGUAAAUUGUGUGAGGGCUAUGUAACUGAAUUUAGACUAUUAUGCGGGCAGAUAAUAUUUAGACAAACUGUAACUUAACAGUUAAAUCAAACGGUUAUCGUCUUGCAUGUUUUUAUCUUUCAAACCUCAACAUAGAAGUUUUAUUUAUCCAAAUCUAAAGCUGAACCAUAGAUGUGUCAGAUCGGUAAUCACUAGUUAACUAUUCUUUCUUCUAGAUGUAAUGACUUGUAUAUUUGUAUUGCUGCUGUAAUAUAUUCAAAUAGUUUUCUGCCACUUUAAUCAUCUACACUUAUCAUCUUGGGAAGUUAUAUGGUAUUAGGUAUUAGGUAUUAGGUAUUUCCUGAAUUUCUUAACAUUAUGAACAUGCUUGUGGUUCCUGAAUCUUUGCCUUUGUGGUUUGUUUUAUUUUAUUCAAAUGUUGACAUUUCUGUUGAUGUCACACUGGAAAAACCAACAUGUGUCAUUUGUGUCAUUUGAUUGAAUGAAAACCGAUUCCUGGUUCAUAUGGAGAAAUGAUAUGAAGUGCUGUAAUAGUCACCAACAACAUGGGAUUUCUGAGAGGGACUUAAGCUCAGCUCUGUACAAUUGUUUGACAUGAUGACAAACACAAACAUCAUUGAGCAGAUUCAGAUCAUUUUAUCAUCCAGAGAGAUUUGAUACAGCAAAUGUUCAUGAAAUCACUGAACAAGUCAUUUAACAGACUUUACUGAUUAAAUGUGUGAACAAACUGAAGGUUUACAUCAUGAAUAAAGUUGUUUUUCCUGAUGAACAAAUCAAA